UGCUCCCUACAACAUCAGAUUGUUUCCAUUUAUCAGCAUCUAUCACCUGCAUAAUGAGGGUCCUCCAUUUUUCAGCAGCCAUGUUUGCCAUGAUGGUCCUGACUUCUGCCCUUGUUCUUCCAGAAACAAAGUCGGAUGAUGAUAAAACAGCAAAGAGUGACCUGGUGAAGAGGUCAACUGACUGCCCCCGUGGAUGGACUGGGUUCAACGGCCGCUGCUUCCGCUACAUUCCAAAACCCAUGAGUUGGGCCAGAGCCGAGAAAAACUGCCACUCCAUGAAGGCAAACCUUGCAUCAGUUCAUGACAUGGAGGAGUACCAUGAGAUCCAGAAACUAAUAAUGACUGCAAGUCACGAGUAUAAAGAGACGUGGAUUGGCGGAACUGAUGCGCAAGAGGAUAAUCACUGGUUCUGGAUUGAUGGUACUCCUUUCCUCUAUACAAACUGAUGUCCUAGAG